GUUACAUACCCUAACUGCACAAAUAGCCGUUUUGCGGUUGGAUUCGUACGUCCUUCGCCGUAGUGCUGUAGGUCGAAAAUGUCGUACUUACAAACUGUAGCACCAACUCAUGCAAGAAAAGUUCGGAGUUUAUAUAAACAAGCUAUCCGACUUAUACAAGCUUAUUAUGAAUGCUUUGACAGGUAAUCGAAAAGAAAACUUAUUAACACUAGCCUAUUGUUAAAAAUUAAAAAGUCGGCUAAAUUUAAAACAAUUUUAAAAAGCUAAUUAAAUAGUAAUUAAACUUAAAAUUAAAAUUAAAAGUAUUCAUUACAAAUUACACACUAUCACUAUAACUAUAUUUAUAUAUUACAUUACUAGUAUUACAUGAUGGCGAUGGCAAAAAUAAAAUACUAAUUACUAAUAUUAAUAUAAUUAGUAUAUUGCCCUUACUUAACUUACUAGUCAACUAGUAGCCUACUAGUUGUUAUUAAAGUUAGUUAGUAGUAUUAGUAUUAACUAGUACUAGUAGUAGUAGUAGUGAAGACUUCAGUGAAGUUAGUAGUAUACUACUACUAAUCAUAAUUAGUAAUAAUAUAUAUUACUACCCCAUAAAUCAUGCCCUGGCCUAUGUUUGGCUAUUUCUACACUUAUACUAUACCACUAUUACUAUUAUAGUCGGGGUAGGUAAACGGUAACGUUUCUUAGCCAUUGGUAAUAAAUAAUUAUAAAGGCAUGAACCCAAAAUAUAUUUGAUUAUGCCUAGGCCUAGGCUUACAGUAACACACAAAGUCACAAAGUCGAAUGUACGCACCCCCGCGAACAAACACACCGAGUACUGGGUACAUUAUUGGAACUGAAGAAAAUUGUUAUUUAAAUUCAAUUAUGGUUAUUGAAUCACAGAGAAUACAAUCAGAGAUGGAAAAAGUAUAAAAUAAAUGCAACAAAGUAAACCAAUAGCAAAUAAUCGUAUUAAGUUAUGCCUAUGAGCACAGAGUUCUUGGAAAUAUAUUUCACUUCAAAUUUUGUAGAAAUCCUGCUGGAUUUUUCCUACAAUAAAAUCAAAUUUUGGUAAGCAAUUUUGAAGUGUCUUUGACUUUGGGGUUCAAUAAUUGAUUUCUUUACUUUAUUUUAUGUUUAGUGUGAAAAAUCUUGUAACUAAAGAUAGUUUUUUGCACUAGGUAGCAAAUUUUGACAGCAUUCUUAUGUGCAAUUUUGAAAGCCUAUUCAGCUCCUGACAUAUCUAGUAAAAGCAGUUGGUAGCAUCAAUGAGAGUGUGCAUGUGGUGAGGACAACACUGGGCGACACUCUCACAAGGGGGGUGGGGGAUUUACACCAAAUGGAAAGUAGUAAAUUUGACAGAGCUUGAUAAAUCGGUUUCAUAACAGAUCUAAGUUAAAUGCAGGAACGGGGUGCCACAGCAGGGUGUCACCAGAUUUGAAGGAGGUCCAGGGCAAAAUCUGGACGGGUUACACCACAAGUUUACAGCACUUUGUUACACCAAUCCUAGUGAUGUCACUGAGCAUAUGUUAAAAUAGGUUACAAAGAUAAAAUGAUGUAUACAAGAUAAGAUGUGCUGCUAUAGCUGAGUGACAUGUAACCACAAAAUAUUGGGUUCGUUUCUCUAUUACACUGGAUGAGUGUUGCCAGAAGAAAUUUAUUUUGUUAUAAGGGAUGCGUUUUUAAUUUAAUUUGUAUUUAUGUGUAUUGAAGCCCAUUCCCAAGAUGUUUAUUUUUACCCCAUUUGGGGUAAUUUAGCUCAGUUUGCAGACCUCUGCACUAUAUUAUAAAGCAGGGAUUGGAUAAGUAUUUUAACCAUUACAUCAAAAUAUAUCUGUUCAAUUAGAGAGGGAGAAAAAUCAUAGUCUGUUUAAAUUCAAAAUAGUUAACUGAAUCUAUUUAUAUUAUAAUGAGAAUAAAAUUUUAAAUUUAAGAAAUAAAAUCCAUCUGUUUCUGGACUUAAAAAAAACAGUUCUCUGAGUGCUCUCAGUCUAAGCCAGCCGUUUUAAAACUUUUUCUUUGAUAUCCUCUAGUCUUACUUCACUAAACUAAUCACUUAAAAUCUGCAACACACCAUUCUAGAAUAUUUUUUUUUUUUAAAUCAAGUGUUACAGUGAGUAGCAGUGUAGAAGCAAUAUUGUGGAGAGUCCAGACCUGUUUGGUCGACCUGGGUGGUACAGGGGUGGGGGGAAAUCCCACAGUACUAAGACUGACCAACUGAAGUCAGGUAUCAGAUUGCAAUGGGACAAGACUAGCACAAUGGCGACAGUGACAGUAGUUAUAAAUCAAGACAUUGGAAUGUAGAGGUGGGUGGCUAGUUAAUGGGUAAUUUCCAGGCAAACCAAGGUUUUGGUGGGGGGGAGUGGGGGAAUUUAGCUAGGGCAGACUGUCAUGGGGUGUCAGAUAGCACCGGGAUGAGACUAGUACCACCCUUAUGGUGAUAGUAGUUAUAAAUAAAGUCAUUGGAGUGCAAGAGUGGGUUGCUAGUUAAUUUCCAUUUAGAUCGGUGGUGGGGCGGGGGGGGGGGGGGGUGUAGAGAGAGAGUUCCUAGUGGAGAUGUAGAAAUAGAUAGCCCUGGGAAGGAAUCUCUAGAGAUGUCAUGAUUCAGGGACUUAUAAAAGGGGACCAUUAGACAGGACUAGAGUAGAAGUCCGCCAGACAGGAGUCAGGACAGUUGUGAGAACACAGUAAAGAGAGACAAGCCGUUACAGUCAGAGCUGAGUACCAGAUGUGUUAAAGUGAAGCACAGUAGUAAAUAAAGUGAAAGGCUGUAACCAUCGACGAGUUGUCUGUUACGUGAUUGUCACUAUAAGAGUGACAGUUGGAAGCAAGUGUUAUCAUCCAAACAAACAAGAUAGAGAACAGAAGCAGAACUCAGACUAGCAUAGGUUCUCUUCAAUAUUAAUGUAAUAGUUUUUAUGGUAUUUAUAUUAAAUUAUUUAUUAGUAAAAUAGCUAACAAACUUUUUUUACAAUCAUUUUAUUCCUUUGUAAGUCAUUUUUUCUGUUAUUGUUGUGAAGUCUUUAAAAAGAGCUAGCCACACUUUUACCCUCAAGAGUUAAGUGAACUUGCAUGUGAACUUUUGAGCAACUGGUUUCACAGUUGAUUGAUUAAAGCUGUCCAUAAUGGGAUUGCUGACAUGGAAAGCUUGCUUAUAAUAUUUAUGAAGUAAGUUAUGGCCCAAGAGUUACGAAAUGUAUGUCACAGAAAAACAUUUGCCAGUUUUUCAAAACGUAAAUAAUUCUUUUAAAACAUUUUUCAGAUCUGAAUUUAAACGUCAAUAAUUCUUUUAAAACAUUUUUCAGACCUGAAUUUCGUUAUCAAGCUGUCUUGAUGAGGGCAAGAUUUGAUGAAAACAAAAACGAAAUCGAUUUGAGAAAAGCUAAAAAAAUACUUUUAGAUGGACAAAAAGAGCUUUUCCUCAAGUCACACCCACAACCUAUUAAAUGUAAGAAUUUACUUAUAAUUACACACCAUUUUUUAUGAGCCUGAGGUUUGAAUAGAAAGUGAAAACAAAUUUAAUUCAAAUGGAAAGUUAAUUUCAUGGCUAGUAUUACUAGUAUAUUUUACUAUGUGGUAAUUUUUUAAACAAUUCUUUUUUGUGAACUUCCUUUAUUGUUUUUAAUUAUCAUCCUAUAAAUUAAAUUAUAUAAAAAAAAUAUACAAAUGGAGAUGACAACAAAUAUUUUCUUCAGAUUUCUACAAAAUAGAUCUCUUUAAUUAAGAUCUCACGCUGACAUGGAUAACAGCUCAACAAAAAUAACUCCCAAGUUUUAUUUAGCACAUUGAGUUGUAUUGGAAUUAAAGUUUUUUAACAUUUUUUACAUUUUUCUUUUCAGUCCCUCUUUCUCCAGGUGGUGUAGCUUAUCAAAGGACAUCUCCUGCCCCUGAUUGGGUAAGUAAGCUGGAAAAAUAUUUCAUAAUUUUAACAAUUGUAUAUGGCACAGUAGUAACUUGUCUACCUCCUAAUCAAGUGUUGCUAGUUCAAAUUAGGAGUAUUAAAACCUGAUUUUUUUUUUUACAAACCUAUUUUGGGUUUUAUAAAACUGGUUUAAAACUGGAUUUUGCUUUUUGCAAAGAUUUUGGAAUUCUUCUGUAAUGCUCGUAAAUGGAGGUAGAAAUCUAUUUUUAGAGAUCAUUAUAGCCAUGGUUUCACCUGUACAUUUUUUGAUUUUACAAUUUGUUUCCCCCAGGGCCAUGUGUGGUACUUGCCAUACCAAACCCCAGGGCAGCGUGUGGCGGUGGCCACACCUAACCCCAGGGCAGUGUGUGGUAUUUAUUUGUUUCCCAAACAUCAGAUUUGUUAAUACCACCAUCCAAAUUACGGUAUCCCAAAUUUUAAAUUAAUUUUGAUUUCAAAAAUUUUUAUUUUUUUACGCUGAACCUAAUUUUAGCUUGAACUGAACCACAUGGAUUACAUAUAAAAUAAAUGCAGAAAUUUUUUAUAUAAUUAUUUAAUGGCUACUGUGAUGAUGAUAUCUGUACUUACGUUAACUUGUUAACUGACGGUAAAGUUAUCUUGCAUUUCAUAUAAAAGGCAAACAUCUAUUUUUGGAAGUGUCCCACCUCAAGUUCAGCUAACCCUGUUAAAGUGUGAAGUAUUGUUUGACACGCAAUGCCAGUAACUAUUUUAUGCAUUGACUGUUAGUUUAUUAUUGUGCUUAAUAAAAAAUUAAAUUUUUGGAUUUUUAAAAAUCGUGAUUAAAUAAAUCGGUAACCGGGUUGUGAAUAGUAAAUACAAAUACUACUUGCUCUUGGUUUCGAAACCUAAAACUGAGGUUUUGUUUAAUAUCCUCAAUUCAAAUGCAUUCCCAACUGAGUGAAAAAUACCCACGGGGUAUAGUCACAGCCCUACAACUACGCUAGAGAAAUUAGAUGUUUUUAAAUUGUUAUAAUUGUAAAAUGUUGUCUUGGCUAAAAUAUGUGUUUGUUGAUGGUCUGAAAAAAGAAUAUGUACAAUGUAAUCAGAAACAUUUCCAUUUAUUUGGAUCAAUAAAGAAUCUAUCUAAAUCUAGCCUAAGUCUGCGUUUGAGCCAUUUUCUAUUAGGUUGGCUAAGGCUCCUGCUCUAAACAGGUUUAGUACAUUCCAAGACGCAAUCCUAACAUCCUGUCCAAAUAAAAUAUAUCCAAGUGUUAAAUAAGUUUUAAGCUUUACCAGUGGGUUCAAUGGUUUGUUCAAAUUGAACUAUUAUAUUUAUUUAUUUAUUUUUGACCUAAGUAGUUAGUAGCUGCUUUUUUAGUAGCUGCUUGUUGAAAUUUUAAUGAAUCAGAAAAUAUUUAAAUGGUCUAAGCAGUAGUUUUUAACCUUUUUGUUUUAUCUUGAAAAACUAAUUACAGAAAUUUUGACACACUACAAAUAUUACUGUUUCAGUGUAUAGUAGGAGUGUCAAAGCAAGUUAUUGUUAGAUUAGAUUAGACAAGUUGGAUAAUAAUAUAUCUGCCAUCUUACCAACUCCAAAAAUUACCUUUUAAUCUGUUGACUCGACAUGGCCAUUUGCAGAAACAUUAUUUACUUUUAUUUGUCUUGUUUAACCAAAGCUUCACCUACUUUAGUCUACUUAAGCUUUAUUGCAAUGCAGCAUACGUUUAUAAUUCAUCUUGAAUCAUAAAAGAAUAUCCAUAAUAUGAAUGCAUAUUUACUAUUGUGCCUAUAAUAAAUCACAAUCACUAAUUGUGUCUUGGUUUGAAUGAUAUCUACUCUUUUUUCUUCUCAGCUUUUGGACACAUGGCAUCCUUUCGAGAAAGCUCAGUACCCUGAGUAUUUUGCUCUUCGAGAAAUCAGAAAGAAAGAAUUUAUUGAAAGAUGGGAAAAGCAGUAUGGUAAAGCUGAGUCUGAAGUCAGCCAUUAAAAUAUAGUUCUCUCAUUUUUUUGGUUGAUUUUGUUUCUAUUUAUUUAGGUUGCAACUCAUUCUGUUUUGAAAGGGAGAUCAAUACUUUUUAAAAUGCUUGUGGUGUAAAAUGGGAAAAAAUCUUUUCUUUUAGUCUGUUAAAGAUGAAUAUAUUUGUAACAUAAAUUUGAUUAGUAUGCUUUAUUUUAACUUGAUGGCCUUCUAUUCAAAUUUAAGGUUUUGUGUGAAAAAUAGUGCUUUCAAUAAAACAGUAGUUUCUUUGCUUAAAAUUAUUUUUAUUAUUUCCAUUUUGGCCUAUAAAUUUAAAUAUGUCCUUGGUUAUGUGAUUGCUUCUAUAGACAAUGAGUAUAGAAAUGUUAUUAUUCACAUAAAGUACUAUGCCAUGCAUUCAAGUAAAUAAAAGAUAAUUAAAAAAUACAAA